AUGAGUGCCACAACUGCCGUAGUUACCAUAAAAACUGAAACAUCACCUGCUCCAAUUUUUGCCAAAAAUACAACAAUCGGGAGCCGUGGAAAAUCAUUCCUGGUGUUAUUCAUGAAAAACAUCAUGCCUACUACAAAGUCAGUCUAUGUUACAUCAGAUAAUGGCACAGAUUUGAAUAUAACAACUUCACCAAAUCUUAAUCCAUUACUGAAAUCCCAAAUAGACAGGCAAUUUAUUCAUGUUUUAUCAUAUCAGCAUGUCAUAUUACCGAGUUCAAUGGAACUAGAAAGUUUCAGAAAAGAGAAAAAAGCAAUUCUUUUUGAAACUUCUAAUGAUGUUUUUGUAAUAAGUCACGAUAACGGAAGUUAUUCAACUGGAAGUACUACGCAUAUCCCUUUACAUCAGCUGUCUACUGAGUAUAUAGUAAUUUCAACCCCGCCCUCCAACAGCUGGAAUAGCCAAUUGGCAGUAGCCUCCGUUUCUGACAACACAACUAUAUCAAUAACAUUUAAAAUGGAAACCAACAGUCCUCUGAACAUUGGGGGCCAAAUUUACAGAAGCGGGGAUACAUUUAAUCUCACACUUGAUAUCUUUGAAACGUACCAGAUCGCCCACAGUACAGAUCUGACUGGAACAGUGAUUAAAUCGUCAGAUCCCAUAGCAACCUUCUCCGGUAACGAUUGCAACACAUUGGAGAAUUUCGGUGCCUGUGAUCAUCUUAUUGAGCAAUUACCGCCAAUCGAGAGCGUUGAUAACACUUAUAUUGUUCCACCUUAUUCUGAUGAUCGAAACACAAAGAUCCGAAUAACAGCCAUGAAGAACACCAAUGUUACUUAUUCCAUCGGUGGUGUAAGCCAAACACUGUCAUUAGAUGUUACCAGCACUUUUGAUACACAUAUAUCAAGCACCCAAUCGUGUUUCAUUCUUUCAGAAAAUUCUAUCUUAGUUACAAGCUUUGGACUGAAUUCUAAGAGUUCUAACAUGGGAGAUCCCUCAAUGACUAUAGUACCUGGGAUACACCAGUACCUUGACUACUAUAAAAUCGUCGUCCCAACGGGAUAUGUUAACAAUUUUGUCUCUAUUAUGAUUGAUGCUUCCUUUCGAGGAUCUGUUCAGAUAAACGGUUUACCAAUACAAGAAAGUGCUAUAAUAUUUGAAGAGACAAUUUCAACAGGAAAUGAUACAUUCAAUGUCAGGUCUAUUACAGUAACCGAGGGUGAAGUUACGGUGUCCACCGUUAACGGAAGAGGCUUUGGUCUGAUGUUUUCCGGAACAAAAGAUUAUGAGGCCUAUGGAUUUUCGGGAAACUCGUUACUUCUGCAUCGUAAUAGAUUUGAAUGA